AUGAUUCAAACUCAACAACAAGAGGUUGGCAUUCUCAUUGAUGUGACUUCUCCUCCAUGCACACCUACAACAACAGCACCCUCUUUCAACAGACUACUGAAUGAUCACCAAUAUUCUUCUUCUUCAACUUCCACGAGUUGCUCGCAACAAGCCAAUAAUAAUACAAUUGUACCAUCCAAUAAUCAUCAACGACAUUACAAUACCGUGUCGUAUCGAAGUCCGAGUUCAUCAGCAUCUUCAUGGAAUUUGGUCCAAACACCCAACCAUAACAACCACAACCACCCACGAAAGAGUCUUCGAAGUCAAUAUUUUAAACAUUGUCGCACAGACAGUGAGCACAAACGAGAGCAAGAACAAAAUCCUCAAGCCGUGGAAGGAUUUGUUGCUUUGAAAACGUCCAAUAAGAGUCACAAGUCACUUUCACGAAUUGAAGCCAUGCUCGUUUCUCAAUCACAAUAUAAUAAUGAUGAGGAUGAAGCACCAACACCUGAAAAACCUAGAUCACAUAGUUUCUUAUCGAAAAUUGUAUCCAAAUUAACGACAGGAAAUUCUAAAAAGAAAAGGGAUAAUCAGUUUUAA